CUCACAGCCAUCCCGCAUUCGUUCUAUAACUUUCUCUUCCCCUCCUUUAUCAGGAAGGGCAGGGCUUAGGCAUUACAACCCUCUCUGUCUCUGUCUCUCUCUCUCUCUCUCUUACAACUUUUCUUUCGUUCAGAAAGUUAGCAUUUUGUUUUUUUCUUUUCCAACGUUCCCGAAAUGGGUUCCAAGGUCUGGCUGGUCUUCCUUCUCUUGGCCUUGGCAAUGGUGGCCGAGUCCACCACAUUUCACGAGGCCAGCUGGGGUCUCACCCAUUUUGGCAACGAUGAGUUAAGUUCAUGCAUUGACGGACAGUGUGAUGUUGAAGAUGUCAGCCAGACAUUGAUGGAUUCCGAGAUAAAUCGUCGCCAACUUGCUCAGAAAAGAUACAUUAGCUACGGAGCCCUUAAGGCCAACUCAGUCCCAUGCAACCGUCGUGGAAACUCCUACUACAACUGUCAGAACAGGAAAAGAGCUAACCCUUACAACCGUGGUUGCAGCGCCAUUACCCAUUGCUAUAGGUACACUAGUUGAAGAGAAAGUUCACCCAAGAGAGAGAAACCCCCAAAAACAAAAUUUCUAGAGUCACCGAGCUUGCAAUAUUUCCUCCUCUGAAUCCCCUUCUUCGUCUUCUUCUUCUUCUUAACUAAUUCUUCCUUGUUAAACAAAGUUAUCAUUUGUAUUUUGGCUUGUUUUUGGUCAUAAAUAUAUGUUCCAUAUGUGUUAAAAGGGUAGUGCAAAAGGGGGUCAAGGUGUUCUUGCUUUUGUAAUUUGCACUAAUUCUUAAUUAAUUAUUUUUAAUAUGUAUCUUCUGGAGGAAAUUAAAAAAAAAAAGGGAAAUGAAGGCUAGAAUAAAAUAAUACUGUAGUAUUCCAAAUCUAAUGAGAGCUUGGUAGGUUUUUCUCUCUA